ACCUGCUCCCCUGAGGUUCAAACCCAGUCUUGUCCCUGACACCGGUAGAUGUGUUUUUACAACUGGAAGCUUAAUUCGCAACAACACAAACCCCAGACUUUGAGAAGUGGAGGAGAGUUUUACCUGGAGGUACCUGGACUGCACUCAUUCCCGUCAGUUUCAUUGCCAUCAUUUCCUCUCCUCACAGCUGCUGGUCAUGGGGGACAUCAACAAAGGGAAGAAAGCGUUUGUCCAGAAAUGUUCCCAAUGCCACACAGUGACGGAGGGGGGGCGCCACAAGGUGGGACCCAAUCUGUGGGGUCUGUUUGGAAGGAAGACGGGACAGGCACCAGGCUUCUCCUACACACAGGCCAACAUCGAUAAAGGUAUCAUAUGGAAUGAGGAAACUCUGAAUGUCUACCUUCAAAAUCCUAAGAAGUACAUUCCUGGUACCAAGAUGAUCUUCAGUGGGAUCAGAAAGAGCAGGGAAAGACAGGAUCUUAUCGCCUAUUUAAAGGACUCCACCUCCUAAUAUAAUGAAAACAACACUCAGUGGACCGAAGCAUUGCACUGUACAUUUAGGGAAAAAACUGUGUGUUCUUUGUUUUAAUUUUGAGUUCACAAUUAAUACUAGUUUUUAAAAUAUAUGCAUUAGUCUAUCACAUUGCUUCCACACUGUUCUUGUGUGUAGGAGACUGUUUUUAAUUAUCGCAUGAGUCAGCCUUCGUGCAAGUUGUGGGUUUUCCAGACAUUUCUGAGUCGAGGCUUCUUAAAGAGGCAGCUUUCCAUUUAGAUUUUCUAAAAACAAGAGUUGUUUACCUAAUUAUUUUACCACUGUUUGCACAGAAACUAUUUUAUUAUGUUGAACACUUGUUUAGUCUCAUUCUGUUGUGUUGCUUUCUUCUACAGUCUCAAAGUAUUUUUGGUUAAUGGUGCUGGACUGUCUUUCUUAUUCCCUUGUCCUUUCUCUAAGCCAAUAGGUUUGAAACACUUUCAAUGUUAUAGAGUUGCACUUUAAAAUUUGUGUUUUGUAUUCCUACAUUUUCUAAAUUAAUGUGUAUCUAUGACUUAAGAACAAUAAGGUCAAUCAAAUUAGUUGUUUACUGAAAAAGCAGUGGGUUUUUCGGUUAAAGCAUAGCAAACUAACAAAUAUUUUUUCUUGGGCUACUACAGGCCUGUUGAAUAAGUGCUUACAUUUAUAUGAUGUUCUUUAUACUGAGUUACUGUUUUAUACUUUGAAUAAACGGACGUGGCAAUAAAAUAUUUCUUCUAC